CAUUAUUAAUCGAUCGACGAUCCUCGGCGUUCUGUGAACUUACCGUCGCCACUGGGCAGCCUCAUUCAGCUUCUGCCCCCGUCUACAGGAAACAUGGCAACAGCAGUGAAACUUAACACCGGUGCCCAAAUGCCCAUUGUGGGACUUGGAACAUGGAAGUCUCAACCUGGUAAGGUUACAGAGGCAGUGAAAGCAGCCAUUUCAGCGGGUUACAGGCACAUCGAUGGGGCGUUCAUCUACCAGAACGAGGCAGAAGUGGGUGAGGGUGUGCGGGCUAUGAUCAAGGAUGGCGUGGUCAAGAGAGAGGAUCUUUUCAUUGUUAGCAAGCUUUGGUGCACUUUCCACCCAAAGUCCCUGGUGAGGCAAGCAUGUGAGAAGACUCUCAGUGAUCUUCAACUGGAUUACCUAGACCUCUAUCUGGUGCACUGGCCCAUGGGCUUCCAGCCUGGCACUGAGCUUUUGCCUUUGGACAGUAACGGAGAGACAAUCAGUGACGGCAGUAGCUUUGUGGAGACCUGGGAGGCAAUGGAGGAGCUGGUGGAUGCCGGCUUGGUCAAAGCGAUUGGUAUCUCCAACUUCAACAAGGAGCAGAUUGAAGCCAUUCUCAACAAGCCAGGCCUCAAGUACAAACCUGCCAACAACCAGGUGGAGUGCCAUCCUUACCUGACCCAGGAGAAGCUGAUCAACUACUGCCACUCUCAGGGCAUCUCGGUGACUGCUUACAGCCCCCUGGGCUCCCCUGACAGACCCUGGGCUAAACCAGAGGACCCUUCACUUCUGGAGGAUCCUAACAUUAAGGCCAUCGCAGACAAGCACAAGAAGACAUCUGCUCAGGUCCUGAUCCGCUACCAGGUUCAGAGAAACGUGAUCGUGAUCCCCAAGUCCAUCACGCCGCAGCGCAUUCAGGAGAAUUUCCAGGUGUUUGACUUUGAACUGAAUGAGGAUGAAAUGAAGAUUAUAUCUGGAUUCAACAGGAACUGGAGAGCCUGUCCAAUGCAGUGGGGCAUAAAGCACAAGGACUAUCCCUUCAAUGCUGAGUUCUGAAAAGGACAACUGCUGAUUUCCCACAGAGUGGCAGUGGGUGUUGGAGUUUGCUUCUGCUCGCUUUCCUGUUCAUCUCAAUUUAGUGUGUCUUUGCUUCAAUCGAUCAAUCAAACCUUUAUUGUCAUUAUUUUGCAUUAUUUGCAUAUUUUUCACAGUAUUAUUUUGUUGUUACAUUUCUUGAAAGUCAGCAGCUUUUUAUGUUACUUCUAAACUUUUACACGCACUCCAAAAAGGUAUAUAUUCCCAAUUUUCUCAACGAUACUCCAGUUUAAUAUGUUGGUUUUGUUCCUGUGCAGUUGCAUAUUAGCGUUCUUUUUCCAUUUCAGUUACUGAAGAAGCUAAAUCUUUACUAUAUGUAUCAAAUGUCGAAUCACAUUUUUAUAGCACAAAAUGUUACACAUCCAGAGCUGCACUCCUCGUUAAACUAACCCUGUUACUCCUUAGUGUCUGUUAGAGCAGACCAGGUCUAUUUUUGUGACUUGGCCAGAAGUGUUCAUGCCUUAAGAUAUAAACAUGACUGCAAACUUUAAAGCACUUAUAUCUGUGAAACGCAGAGCCAGUUACUUCAGCCUGCCUUAAGAUGAUUCAUAUGUAGUACUUUAUAGUCAUGUGCACUUUCUCUGUCAGAAAAUUGCCACUUUCACUUCCUGUAUCAGUUGUUUUUGUUAAGCGCUGCAAUAAAGUCCUGUGGGAGAAUGAG